AUGUUUCUCUCGGCUCAGCGAGCAAAGUUCCUUGUGCUAGGCGUCUUCAUCCUGUGCAGUGGGUAUUUUUUUGGCUGCAUACACAAGGCAUCGCCGGUGUACCACACCAGGGACACAGGGCUUCUUCUCCAUGGAGCACCUGCACUACACAGCGCACAGCCUACCGAGCGCGUAUCGCAAGCCCGCCAGAACCGUGCUGACCGGUCUGCCGAGUGCGGGCAGCAAUGCUGCCUGCCUAAAUCCCAUGACCUGGAGCACGCAGCCCUUGCUGCUGAUGCAUUGCGCUUUCGUCAACGACGGUCCAAGCGUAUCUCCUAUAUCAAGACGCAUAAGACGGCGAGCAGCACGCUUGGUAGCAUCUUGUUUCGGCUAGCGGGGCGCUACAACCUCACGGUUUACAAGAGUCCCACCCACGGGCUGCGUCUCUCCUACUUUAACAAUCGCACCAUUCCCGCGGACAUUGCUCUGCAUCAUUGGGCUGGCGUCAUUGGCCAUUUGGGAAACUUUGAGCGCUGGCGAGAAGCGCAUGCUUGGUACCAACGUGUCAAUCCCGACGCCGAUUUUGUGACCAUCCUCCGUGAACCCCUGUCCCAUUAUGUCUCAUACUUUUAUUUCUACAAUGAGCCGAAUGGAGGGCCUCAAAACACCCUUGAAGCUGCAGUGGCUGCAGGUCGCAACCGCGACAUUUUGGCCCGGGAUUUUGCCGUCAUCACUCCAGCCGAUGCCCAAGAAUUCGAGGCGCGCUAUUGGCCUGACUUCCGAACCGUCCUUCUCUCGGACCGCAUGACUGAGAGCCUUGUGGUCCUGGCAGCCGAAUGGGGCUGGAGUUUGUGGGAUGUUGCCUACGUCAAGCUGCUGGAUAGCCAUUCUUCGGCAGGCUCCAAGCGCUGGGAUGGCAAACCCAUCAAGCCCACGCCUCGGCUCAAAGACUUGUCACCAGAUCUGGUGCAGCAAAUUAGCACGCUCACAGAGUUGGACCAACGUCUAUAUCAGCUGGCUGUUGAACAGCUGGAGCGCAAGCUCCACGUCUUGGGUACCGAGGUUGCGACCUUGGCCGCUGACCGCCUGAAUGCGGUGAAUCGCGCCUUGUCGCAAUUCUGCUCGUGCACUGACUUGGGUCCUCCAGAGCGGGCCUACUGCAAGUGGCUGGCUUUGACUGACAUGCAGUACGAGGGCCGAAUCAGCGCCAGUGGUCGGGUCGAGCCCAAGUCUCUCCCCUUCCUGCCGCAGUAA